GCAAAAUUUAAUCUUGUGAAUAUACCCGUGAUAUCACAUGGUUUGGCUGUUCUUCCUGGAACCUAUUCAAAUUUCAUUAUCACUGGGUUCAUUGCAGGCUUUUUGAGUCAAUUUUACGCAUAUCGUUAUCGGAAAAGAUGGUGGACUAAGUAG